AUGACGACUCGAACAACGACAAUCGAAACUGUGACAAUUGUUAGGCCUUUAAAGGUGAUAGCGUUGAUUUGCCUAUUCAUUGCAUUUAUCCUAUUAAUUGUUUGUAUAUCGACAACAUGGUGGCUUAGAUCGGGGUCAUUUCGCAUUGGUUUAUUUCUUGAGUGUACUUCGUCUGAUGAACGAUUACAAGGAAUUGCUGAUGGACCACCACCUGGUAAAUGCCAAAAACCACAUCGUUAUUCGACAUAUAUAAAAGCAGUUGCCGUUCUAUUAAUAAUCGCAGCUGUGAUAACAAUUCUAGCAUUUAUUCUUAAUUUAAUUGGAAUAAAAACACGUGAUUUACAUCGGAAAUAUGUUUUUUACAAAAUUGUUACAUAUUUUGCAUUGCUAGUUGUUUUACUGGAGUUAAUCUCAUUAAUAAUAUUCCCAGUAUGUUUUUAUGUGGAAAUGAAAAAUUUUGGCAAUCGUGUUUGGGAAUUCGACUGGUCUUAUGGAAUUGCUUGGGGUGCAACUUUAUUCACAUUUGGAGCAACUCUGUUAUUGAUUUGCGAUAAAGAACAUGAAGAAAUUUAUUAUAAAGAAAAAACUAUUUAUAAUCCGCCACCAGAAUUGAAAUAG